UUCAGUAAUGGCUAACCCCGCCACAGCCGAAGACGAAUUGAAAGAAGCAAACCAAGCCAGCUAAGGACCCUCUCUCUCUCUCUCUCCCGCCACUUUUCAAACCCUAAAAAGAAGAAAUUCCCCUACAAAUUCACCAUUCAAUCAAUCAAUGGCGAUGGCACACACAUAGAGAGAGAGAGAGACUUAACUCACUGAAUCAUGGAGAUGGAACCCAGCUUCAAGUUCAAAGGCUUACCUCCUCACAAAAGAUUCAGUCUCGCCCGAAAACACCAACAAAAUCAAAAUCAGAAUUCACUCCCUGCUUCUGCUAUUGCUGAUGUUGCCCUCCCAAAAGCAUCAUCAACAUCGUGCCUUCCUGCCAAGAAGAGAAAACGAGUCAUGGAGGAGGAAGUGGAUGAAGAUCCAUUUCAUCCCAAUCCCAAUCCCAUUUCGUCAUUGUGCUUGCCCGCGAAGAAGAGGAUCUGGGCACUCCACCCCUUGGAGUUGGAUCUCAACCUCCAACCCCCACAAAUCCAACACAAUGAAAUUGAUGAAGAAGAAGAAGUAGAAGUAGAAGAAGACGAUGGGAUUGUGUGCGCCGUGUGUGGAAGCACUGACGGCGAUCCAACGGACCCCAUCGUCCUCUGCGACGGCUGCGAUCUAAUGGUGCACUCCACCUGCUACGGCACUCCAUUAACCCAGGGGAUCCCCCAAGGGGAUUGGUUCUGCGCCAAGUGCAAGUGCACCUCCGAACAACAACAACAAGGCACUUGCUGUCUCUGCCCCAACUCCGGCGGGGCGCUGAAGAAGACGACGUCGUCGGAAUGGGCGCAUCUGGUGUGCGCGGUGUACGUGCCGGAAGUCUAUUUUGGAGAUUGGGAGGGGAGGGAAGGGAUCGACUGCAGCCAAGUGGUGGGCAGGAGAUGGAAGGGGAGGUGCUGCGUUUGUGGGGUCCGCAAUGUGGGCUGUCUUGUCGAUUGCUCCGAGCCCAACUGCGGAUUGAGGUUUCAUGUCACCUGUGGGAUCAGAGAGGGCCUCUGCCUUCAGUACACACAGGCCAAGAGGAAGAAGAAAACUGCUGGUGGUGGUGUAGUGGCUGCAUUUUGUGCCUCCCAUACUCAUCUGUGGAACAAGCAAGAACAGACUGGGAAGUUCAAGAUUGUGGCUAGAGAGGAGAAGGAGAAUUAAAGAUUUCAGAGCAUUUAGGGCAGGACAACAUUUGGAUUAGUUUUUGGUUUUUGGUUUCCAUAUUGUGUUGUGUAUCCUCCUCCUUUUCCUUUUGGGUAGUUUGGUUUAUUGCUCUUUUCUUUCAGACCCAUCAUAUAAGUUGAUCAGUUUCUUUCUAUGGUUAUUGUACUUGUACCUUUACUCCCAAAUUAAGACAGCAUUUCUUACCAUAAAAGAUACUACCAUAUAUUUUGUUAAUUAUAAUACUAAUUGGGAUG